AUGGCCGAGGAGGCCAAGUACCUGGAGACGGCGCGGGCCGACCGCUCCGUGUGGCUCAUGAAGUGCCCCCCGGUCGUCUCCCGCGCCUGGCAGGCCGCCUCCGCCUCUUCCUCCGACCCCGCCAACGCCAACCCCGUCGUCGCCAAGGUCGUCCUUUCCCUCGACCUACUCCGACCAGAAGAGCCCCCCGAAGAGCGCCCCGAAGAGCCUACGCUCCAGUUCAAGAUGGAGUUGGCUCAAACUAACACUGGGAAUACACCUAAGAGCUACUCUUUGAAUAUGUUCAAAGAUUUCGUGCCUAUGUGUGUUUUCUCCGAAUCUAACCAAGGGAAACUUUCAUGCGAAGGAAAAGUAGAGCAUAAGUUUGACAUGGAACCUCACAGUGAUAAUUUGGUGAACUAUGGAAAGUUAUGCCGUGAAAGAACACAAAAAUAUAUGGUUAAAUCUAGACAAGUGCAGGUACUUGACAAUGACCACGGAAUGAGCAUGAGACCAAUGCCUGGUCUGGUUGGUCUCAUACCUUCUGGUUCAAAGGAAAAGAAGAAGCAAGCACCAGCGAAACCAUCCGAUGUCAAAAGAACUCGUAGGGAUCGCACGGAGAUGGAAAACAUUAUAUUCAAGCUUUUUGAAAGGCAACCCAAUUGGGCCCUAAAGGCACUAGUGCAAGAAACUGACCAGCCAGAGCAAUUCCUCAAGGAGAUAUUGAACGAUCUGUGUGUGUAUAAUAAACGAGGACCAAACCAGGGAACGCAUGAGCUCAAGCCAGAGUACAAGAAAUCCACAGGGGACGCUGACGCUGCUUGA